GCGAUCAGCGUGGAUGGUGGGAGGAAGGCGCUCGAGAGGCGACGGAAGUGAUACCUGCCUCCUCUUGGUUGGGCGAGAGCGAGGGGCGGAAGACGCCGGCGAGGCUGAGCGCGGGAGGGGGGCGAGCCCUGCUCCAGUUGCCAGUUGCAUAAUGGCAGACACUAAUCCCUCCCCACUGAAACACUUUGUGCUGGCUAAGAAGACGAUUACUGCCAUUUUUGAAGAGCUCCUGGAUUAUGUUACGGAAGGAACACAUUUUGUGGAAGAAACUUACAAAAACCCGCAACUUGAAGAUAUAGCCACCAAGGAUGAACUGGCAAAAAUAGAGGAGUACAAGAAGAAGCUGGCAGUCAUCGGUGGGGUACUCGCACGAAGACACAUGAAAGUAGCUUUUUUUGGCAGAACCAGCAGCGGAAAAAGUUCUGUCAUCAAUGCCAUGCUGUGGGACAGAGUGCUCCCCAGUGGCAUCGGGCACACGACCAACUGUUUCCUCAGCGUGGAAGGAACAGAUGGCGAUAAGGCUUACCUCAUGACUGAGGGCUCGGAUGAAAAGAAAAGUGUGAAGACUGUUAACCAGCUUGCGCAUGCCCUUCAUAUGGAUAAAGACUUAGAGGCUGGCUGCUUGGUCCACGUCUUUUGGCCAAAGGCUAAGUGUGCCCUCCUGAGAGACGACUUGGUGUUAGUGGACAGCCCUGGCACCGAUGUCACCACAGAGCUAGACACCUGGAUUGACAAAUUCUGUUUGGAUGCCGAUGUCUUUGUUUUAGUUGCGAAUUCAGAGUCAACCCUCAUGAACACAGAAAAGCAUUUUUUCCACAAAGUAAAUGAAAAACUUUCUAAACCAAACAUCUUCAUCCUGAAUAAUCGAUGGGACGCUUCUGCAUCAGAGCCAGAAUACAUGGAGGAUGUGCGCAAGCAGCACAUGGAGCGGUGCCUGACAUUCUUGGUAGAUGAGCUCAAGGUCGUGGAUCCCUCCGAAGCCCAGAACCGAAUCUUCUUCAUUUCGGCCAAGGAAGUCCUCAACGCCAGGAAACAGAGAGCCCAGGGCAUGCCCGAGGGAGGUGGGGCACUUGCCGACGGAUUUCAGACACGCUUCCAAGAAUUUCAGCAAUUUGAGAAAAUGUUUGAGGAGUGUAUCUCGCAGUCAGCUGUGAAAACCAAGUUUGAGCAGCACACUAUCAGAGCUAAACAGAUCCUAGACACAGUGAAAAACAUUAUGGACUCCAUAAACGUGGCAGCCGCCAAUCAAAGAGUCCAUUCAAUGGAAGAGCGAGAAGAUCAGAAGGACAGGCUGGAAUUUGUCCGCAACCAGCUCAACCUUUUGACAGACGACAUCAAGAAGAAAAUCAAAGGAGUCACGGAGGAGGUAGCUAACAAGGUAUCUUCAGCCAUGACUGAUGAAAUUUGUCGGCUUUCCGUUUUGGUAGAUGAGUUUUCCUCCGAUUUCCACCCAUCCCCACAAGUUUUGAAACUAUAUAAGAGUGAGCUCAACAAGCACCUGGAAGAGGGCUUGGGAAGGAACCUGGCUGACCGGUGCUCCAGUGAAGUCAACAAGUCUAUGUGUCAGUCGCAGCAGGAAAUGAUAGAAAGCCUGCAGGCCCUGCUGCCCUCCGAAGUCCAGAGCAAGCUCCACUUGCUGAUUCCUUGCAGGAAGUUUGACCUCAGCUACGACCUGAAUUGCAACAGCCUGUGCUCCGACUUCCAAGAGGACAUCACUUUCCGGUUCUCGCUGGGCUGGACUGCCCUCGUCAGCCGGUACCUGGGCCCCAAAAACGCUCACCGGGUGCUGCUUGGCGUGGCGGAGCCGGUUCUUGCAAUCCCUCGUUCUCUUGCCUCCACCCCUUGUGCUCCCACUGCUCCUGCUCUCACCCCAGAGAAUGCAUCGCAGGAGGAGCUCAUGGUCUCAUUGGUCACCAACUUGGCGUCGCUGACCUCCCGGACCUCCAUGACCGUCAUCAUUGUCGGAGGACUUGUUUGGAGAACGGUUGGCUGGAAAGUCAUCUCCCUCUCCUUGAGUUUGUAUGGGCUGCUGUAUCUCUACGAGAGGCUCACUUGGACGACCAAAGCCAAAGAGCGAGCCUUCAAGCAGCAGUUUGUCAACUACGCCACAGAGAAGCUUCAGAUGAUCGUCAGCUUCACCAGCGCAAACUGCAGCCAUCAGGUGCAACAGGAAAUGGCCAUGACUUUUGCUCGCCUGUGCCAGCAAGUUGACAUCACAGAGAGGAACCUGGAAGAAGAGAUUGCAAGGUUGUCCAAAGAGAUUGCUCAGCUGGAGAAAAUCCAGAACCACUCGAAGCAUCUACGGAAAAAAGCUGUCCGCCUUGAAGAUGAGUUUGACUGUUUUACAAAGGAUUUUCUCCAUAAAAAGAAAUGAAGGCCUCGUAUUUUCUGGCUGCUCCAGGUGGAAUUUACAAGAUGACACUAUUUCCCAUCCCUGCAAAGUCACAUGAAUUUUUCAAGCCCCCUUUAUUCUACUUUCCCAGUUGCUGCCUGGCUCUUGAUGCUUAGAAAAUGAACUGUGCCUGAGAGCUAGAGGAGCGAAGCAGUAUUACCACUGAUUGAAUCGUUUUGCAUCUUUUCUUAGAAAGAGAAAUAAUUUAUAUUUACUGGUGCGUACAGAAAAUUAUUUGGCAGUGUAAAAAUAAUAAAACUAGCAGAUCUAUCUAGUAUUUUGUAUUAGUGUUUGCCUAAAGGACAGCCCCCUCUUUCUGGCAUCCAGGAAGAGAAUAGAGAGAAUUUACUCCUAAUCCUGUGUCAAAGUCUUGUAUUAGCUGGAAUUCUCUGUGGGAAUGUGUGCUGCUGGCUUUUUCCAGGACUCUGUUACACAGCUGAAGUAUUGAGUGAUGACAGAUUUCAAAAGGGAUUCAAAAAGUUUUGAGUGCAGACACAAUCAGUAUGGCUGAGCAUUAGAGAUAACUCUGGUUUUCCCAUUCUGUUGAAAGGGACGAAGACUGUCAUGCUCUUAAAGCUUUAAUGCCCUGGUAAUUAGACCUUCUCAGUCAAGAUUAGCUAGCAGCCUUGUUUGUAGAGAAGAACGCAACUUAGCUCACAGAACUGUUCUGGAGAAACACCCUUUUCAAUGAUGGCAUAGUAUGGCGUACGUCCUUUUGACCUAAUGGUAGUUCUUGAAAAUCAAAGUGAUGUCAUGCAUAUGAAGCUGGAAUAAGGGUGUCUAGUUUUGAGGUGUCUGGAAGUCCAAAAUUCAUUUUAUUUCCCUGGCCUAGGCCAAGCAUUUACUGUAUUUUUCCGUGUAUUGGACAAGGUUUUUUUACUCAAAAAUCACGUCAAAAAACUGGGGUCAUCCAAUACACAGAUAGUAGCACGGUGGUGGGGAGAAGCGCUGCGCUGCCAGCCAUUCGCUUGGCGGGAACACGGCUUCCCCAGAUGCCGCAGCGAGCGGGGAGCAAUCUGGGGGGUGUUUCCUGCCCACAGCUGCGUGGGGAGAGAGGCUCAACAACUUUGGGCCAUCUCCCCUCAUUUUCUUAAAAUUUAGUCCCCCAAAAUGGGGUGUGUCUUAUACAAGGGGGCGUCUUAUAGACAGAAAAGUACGGUAAUUUCAGGCUGCAUGCCCAAGAUUAAAUGCUCUUUUAAGACCCUGAAAUGCAUCGGGACUAUUCUAUUAAGGGGGCAAUUGCAUAAGCCAGGGGUCCCCAGACUAAGGCCUGCGGGCCGCAUACGAUCCAAAGGCCUCUUUUAUGCGGCCCGCUACGACCGCGGCAACCCCCACCGCCCGCUGCCACCACCCGCUCUUACCGGCGCAGCAGCAUGCUUGCAGGUCAGGGGGAAAUGCCGAAAAUCGUUUGUGCGCAUGCGCAUGGGCCUCUCCCGACCCGGAAAUGCUUGUGCAAACAUUUCUGGUGCACUUCUGGUCGGGGCACAAACAAUUUUCGGUGCUUUUUUCCGACCCGGAAGCGCACCGACGCGCCUGUAAGUGUGCGCAUGCACACGGGUGCGCACUCCCCCGCCCUCUGGGCGAUCGGCACGGUGGGCACCGGCCCGAAGCCGGGUAAGUUUGGGGACCCCUGGCAUAAGCAGAGCAGUCUUUAUUGCACACACACACACUUUUACUGAUGGUGGUGGUUCAGUUAAAAUCUCAAAGAUGGUCCGCGUCAGGCACCUACAGCCUGGUGUUGCCUCCAGCUGCUCCAAUCUACCAUGGUUGCAUGGAGUGAUGCAACCAAAGCAUCUAGAGGGGGGGGGCACCAGGUUAGGGAUGUCUCAUCUGUGCAUAAUCAAGGGGCUCUCCUGCUUUUCGAUACCCGUCUUCCCAUGACAAUUUUCGGUCAGUGCAUUUUACAAAAAAGAAAUGCAGAAGUUUCAGUUGCUCCUACAUGUGAUCUUUGAGUAAUGCGUUUGAAACUGAUGAAUUGUUUAUUAUUAGGAGUGAAGCUGGCACAGAAGUUUUUUCUUUCUUUUAGGUACAGUUACAAAAUAUGCAUGUGUUUUAAAACCAAAAUGAGAACUUAGCUGUAAUAAAGAGCCCGUUCAAAUUGUAGUGUUGCUUGAACACGAAAAUCCACUGCUCAGGAAGGGCUAAUGAAACUGCUGGGUUGGUAGAGACACUUGUUUAUCAAAAAAUGAGGUUCACUCUUGUAUUUUUACUCUGGUGCACUGAAAUGUCUGGUGCGAUUCUCCUGCUUGAAGUGGGUGAUGGGUGGGUGUGUUUCAUUGUGAAUGCAGCCAGUAGGAUUUUUAACAUUUGAUAAAUAUGAAAUUAAAAUGACACCAUGAACUGUACAGAUUGAAGCUAUUUAAGCUCUCAUGAUUCUCUAAAAACAAUGGAUAGACUUAUACACAUCUUUUGUUAUGCCACAUUUUUGUAGCUAUUUAUAUUGGCCAAGGAACACACCGAAUUUGAAAGUUACUCUCUCGGUGGUCUUUUGUGACCUGCUUUCUUCAUUCAUUGUUGUCAUACAUGUCGUUCCAUGUUUCUUUGCUGGCUGUAUGUAUGAAGGUGUGACAUGUUGGGAGAAUUCUGCUAUCUAAAGUGCGAAGGCUCGAAGGGGAAAUAAAAAACCUCAUUGCAAUUGGUAUUUUCCUCCCAAGAUUAUCACUUUAUUGUUGGAAGUCCUAACUAAAUAAACUUCUAGACUUCUUUGGUA